GCCGCCGUUGCGGGGCGUGGCGACGCAGCCGCAGUCGGGCCGACGGGGUUCACGUGCCGGUCCUAGGGGAUCUUCCUCCACCUGCCAUGGCCCAGCCCGCCCCUCUGAACCUCAAUAACGAGGUUGUGAAGAUGAGAAAAGAAGUGAAGAUAAUCCGGGUUUUGGUUAUCCGAAAACUUGUCAGAAGUGUCGGGAGACUGAAGUCAAAAAAGGGUACUGAAGAUGCACUGUUGAAAAACCAAAGACGGGCUCAACGAUUGCUUGAAGAAAUCCAUGCUAUGAAGGAAUUAAAACCUGAUGUCGUAACUAAAUCUGCUCUUGGUGAUAACAUCAACUUUGAAGAAAUCUGUAAAAAGCCAGAUUCUACCGCAGCUGAAAGAGCAAUCGCCAGACUAGCCACACAUCCUCGUCUAAAGAAAAAAACAGAUGCACUAAAAGCUGCCGUCCAAGCCUUUAAAGAUGCAAGGCAGAAUGCUCCUGAAGUCGAGUCAUUAAAGAAUACUUCAGAAGAAAAUCGUCCUAAGGCUGCUUUGUGUUCAAGUGAUGGAGCAAGUAAAUCCCAGCAUGAAGGAGCUGUUGUCAGUGACCACAAAGUGAAAGAAGUCAAAGUACCGGCAAAGAAACCAAUAAACAGUCCAAAAGAAAAAGUGGCCAAGAUGGCACGUGACCCCCAUUCACCAUCAGAGUCUUCAGAAAAGGAUUCUGUAGUGCCCCCUGAACCCCAAAAGACACCUGAAACACCUUCUAACACCAACAUGAAAACAUCAAGUCAGACCAAAAAAAAGGAGUCUGGUAGCUCGUUUGACGAUAACAGUGACAGUGAAGAAGAAGCACAUGAAGAGAAGGAGUAUUUUGAUGAUAGCACAGAAGAAAGGUUUUACAAGCAGUCUUCCAUGUCUGAGGACAGUGACAGUGGCGAUGACUUCUUCAUUGGAAAAGUCAGACGGACACGAAAGAAGGAAAGUAGUGACCAUUCUGCAGCUAAGGAACAAAAAGCCCUCCAGAAAGUGUUACCCAAAGAAGAGACACACGGAGCCCUUUGGGAUACAAGAAAUGACAAAAGCAAGUCAACAGAAGCCAGGAAGUUAGAAUCAGUGUUUUUCCACUCCUUAGCUGGGUCUAAAAGCUCUAGAAGAGAUCACAGAGAACAAGCUCCAAAAAACAAAGCUCUGGAUUUUCCACAAAAUGAACCUCAGAUGAAGAAUGGAUUUAGCAGGAACACACAAAGACGACUUGAAAAUCGAAAGCCACCAUUGGAGCUGCCCCUUCAUCCUUCAUGGGAAGCAAGCAAGAGGCGGAAAGAGCAGCAGUCUAAAAUUGCUGUGUUUCAGGGGAAAAAAAUUACAUUUGAUGACUGACUAGUGCUUCUUUUUAUGAGUUUUCCACCUAAAAAUCAUUUUCUUUUUCUUUUUUCCCUCACUAUCUUGUUAUUUAAACUUGUUUUUGAAGUCUCUUUGGAGGGGUCAUAGGGUGGUUUUGCCUUUUAUAUUAAAAAAAAAAAUCAG